AUGGCCGAACCCACCGACACGUCGCGAGACACCACCGCCCCCGUCCGCGAAGACCCCUCGCGCGCGAAUCCGCCUAAGUCCCCGCCGACGCAUUCGCCGCACCCGCUCCAGGCCGCCGCCGUCAUCACGUCCCUUGAAUCCCGCCUCGCAGAAUCGGAAGCCCUGCGCCGCGACUCGGAGACACGCAUCCGCAAAUUGGAGCAGAUGGUGGAACGAUUGAUGAGAGAAUCCACCGCACCUGCUGGGGCGCAGGUCGGGGAGGCUCUGCCGGUGAGACCGGUCCCCCUGGACGUCCCCCCGCACACAUUUUUGGGACGCCCGGGAGCUGCCGCUGACCCCCUUGCUCGUACCCCUGGGGGGAAUCUCACAGCGGAAUUAGGGACGGCCCUUCCUCGGCGGUGAUUAGCUCUCGUUGGAGAGGGACAUUGCCGGACCGGGAAGGGUUAUGGACCGGAGAUCAUCCGGAAAGGUUGGUGAUUUUCACUGCGUUUGGGGAGUCGUAUCUUUCUCUCUUGUGCGACAUCUCCACCUCCGACCUUUUCGACACGAGCCGAGUGAUCCAGCUUGUGGCGACGCUAUUUUUUCGUACGACAACCCGACAGCGCCGCCAAUCCCCGCUCGAUUGGGCCGUCGAGGCGAUGAGGGACGCGCUUGGAGAAGGGCGCCCUCAUUGUUGGACGUCGCUCAUGAAGGCAGUGGGACGUCGUUGGCCCGACCCCGGGUUCGCCGAUAGAGUGGCUCAAGACUUCCACGGAUGUCGCCAGUCGUCGUCUCGGGCUUACGACCAUGUCGGGGAGUGGCGGGCGCGCGGUACCGUGCCUUCGUGCACGACAACGAUAGUUUCACCCUGUCGCCGCUUCAGCUCGCCACGACCUUCUACCAAUCGCUCAGUGACUCCUCCAAGCGGGAAGUGCGGGCGGGAAUGUUACGUGAAUACCACGACAACUCGCUGGUGACAAUUGGGCGAUUCGGACUGAAGGUCCCGUCCAUCGACGAGAUUACCGAGUGGGCCGCUAUCGCCGACGACAUUUCUCCUCCGCCUUCGGUUCCGACCCCACCAAGCCGCACCGCGACCUAUGGCGCGAUCGUCAAAGCUCCCCGAGUGAGCCCACCUGCGACCAACACGCCCACCGUCGACGAGAGGUUCCAGAUCCGACGAGCUCGAUGGGUCGACCGCGCUACUAAGUGGCAGCAAUCGCACUUGUGGAAGGACCGCUCCACCUGGUUUUCCCCGGCGCCCAGCGGGGUACCCACCAGCAUGGCUUGCUUCAACUGCGGACGAGGCGGUCAUUUCUCGCAGCACUGCACCGCGGAGCGUCAAUCCCCGGUCGCCGUCCAACUCUCAGCGGUCGCUGUGGCCGACUUGGAUGACGAAGAGUGGUCCUCGGUCGCAGGUGGUGACGAGGAUCCCGAGGUGAGAGUCCCCAUUUCACUCGAGCGUGUUCAGACUCGACCUUUGAGUUCCGUUUCCGCUUCAAUGACGCGCCCUUCUUGCCCUCCCGCAGACCCCGUUGGCCGAAUGAAAGAAGGGGCUUCUUCUUCAGUCGACGUCGAAGUCUCAUCAAGUAAUCCGCAGCCAACCGCGCCGGCAAGUGAUGCAGAUCUACGUCGUCUUGCCGAUGACUCGACCGACUCUGCGUUUGACGCGGUGGAAGACGUCCCCUCUUAUGCUGAUGCCGCGUCGCGAAUGCGGCGAUACUGGGGGCCGGAGGUGGUGUCGUCGCGCAAAGCGGAGAGGACUGCAUCGGUGAGCUCUGUUCGUGUUCCGGUGCCGUUGGGGGUUUCUCUCUUGGAGUCCGACACGCCCCUGAUCGACGUCGACGACUUCGCCCGACCCGCCGAGCCCGCGAUUGUGCGCGCCCGCAAUAUUAUUGCGUGGACGUUGCCGUCUGGGCGAACGCUGCGUUGCCUCGUCGACUCUGGUUCGGAAGUGGACUUGGUGGAUCAGGAUGUCGUGCGAACAGACCCGAGUUUCACGACGUCCCGCCUUACCGCGCCGCUGCACUUGCGCCUCGGCACUCGCGACAAAUCUGACCGCUGCGCCGUGUUUGCCAACGCCCUCUUCACGUCCGGUUCCCUCGACCUCGGCUUGCGGGCGUUUUUCAUUUGCCGUGUGACGGCAUAUGAUGCUAUCCUGGGUUUGCCGUUUCUGAAGGACACCGGCAUGCUGGUAGGCUGGGGCGUCUUCACCGUCGCACGGCCGGGCCCUUCGCAGCCGGUCGCCAAGGGCAUAUUCGAUCAACUCUACUACGUCAGCGAUGUAGUUAUAGCCAAGAGAUGA